AUGUACCGCAUGUCGCCUGAAGUGGAAAAUCAAUAUGUAUGGAUCCCGCCGUCCUACACCACGUCUCACGGACCCUCUCUAUCGACGACAGCGUCCCUUGCGCCCGAUUCUGAGUUCGAGCAGAACUUUGCGCGGUCGGCAAAAUGGUGUCCGGACGGAUCGCUAGCCCUCGCACAAUGUGAGAACAGGACAUUCGAGAUCCUUGACCUGUGCGAACCGAUGACGUCGCUGCCCUCAUGGCCGAAGCAUCGUGUCUUUCCGCAAGCCGCUCCUAUCCUCGAUUUUAUAUGGUACCCGCGCGCAACGCCCCGAGACCCUGCCUCGUUCUGCUUCGUCGCGUCUGUGCGCGAGUCUCCCGUGAAACUGUUGGACGCCUCGACGGGCCGCCUUCGCGCUUCUUACAAGAUCGUUGACCACCGCGAGAGGCAGAUCGCCCCACAUAGCAUGUCGUUCAAUGGAUCUGCCGACAGGUAUCGAUUGCGUUCCAGGUUGUAUUGCGGUUUCGAGGACGCUAUUGAGGUUUUCGACCUGAACAAUCCAGGCGAAGGCACCCGUCUGGCAACAACUCCAUCCCGCAAAAGCCGCGAUGGAUUAAAAGGAAUUAUCUCCGCUCUUGCUUUCUGCCCUUCCUACGACCCGUCAUCGAGUAUGUUUGCCGCCGGGUCGCUCACGCCGUCGUCCAGUGUGUCGCCCAACAUCGCGCUUUUCAGCGAAGACACGGGCAGUAAACCUCUCGCUUUUAACCCGAUGAAACCGCACGUGUUGUAUGCGUCUUUCCGGCGGCAUGGUGCAAUUUACGGUUGGGAUCUGCGUGGAGACACAUCGGUGCCGGUGCAGAUUUUCAGACCGAAUGGUGGCGGCGCUCGUCCGAGCACUAAUCAGAGGAUCAAAUUUGACGUCGAUCUGAGUGGGAAAUGGAUGAGUGUGGGCGAUCAGCAUGGGGAUAUCUCUUUAUUUGACCUUGAUAAACCUGAAGCAGAGGAUGCGGAAGGCAGUGACCAUGCACUAGAAGCGGAUGCAGUACUCAGGUACACUGCUCAUAAAGACGCCGUCGGCUCCGUAGCUUUCCAUCCUCUGCGCCCUUUCCUCCUGUCCGUUUCUGGCUCGCGACAUUUCGAUAUAAAUAGCGAUAUCAACAAUCAGUCAUCGUCAUCUGAAGAGGACGAGGAAGAACACCAAGAUUCGAGUUCGGUAACUUCUGUCUGA